UGUUCCCCCUGAACCGACAGCAAACAAACCACAUGCUACUACAGUCUACACUCUCAUCACAUCAGCCUGUCAUCGCACUGCUGGGGCCAGGCUCACCUGGACACUGUGAGUAUACUCUACUGCCAUGUGGAAUCACGUGCAGACUGCCAUCAUGAUCCGCUCGAUACUCGUGUUUGCUGUGGUCAUCAUUGAAUACGUCUAUGGAAGACCCCCACUGCCUCCUCUGCCUAUGAAAGCUGGCUGCUACCUGGUGGCCCCAGAGGUGAACCUUUCCAGACUGGAGGGUGAGGCAGUAAUACUCUCCUUCCCAAUGUUCCAGAGAGUGCUUAAAGUACGCAACAUAGCUCCCCCAACAGCAAAGUUCGUCAUCACCAAGGACAAUGGGACUGAGGGUGUGGCCUAUCAUGGCGAGGGGCGUGUCCAGCAGAGUGACAAAGAGUUGUGGUUGCUCCCAGCUAAUGCUUCAGACUCAGGGAAAUACAUCUGCACUUACAGUAAUGAAACCUACUGUGUUACUGGGAGUAUCAAGCUACACGUUUACAAAUCCAGUUCUGUUGACAUGAAGAAACUGUCCCAUCCAGUCUCAGCCAUGGUGGGAGAGAACCUGGCAAUCAAAUGUCCAUCUAUAAGUGACUUCAACAAGACAGGCAGACUGAUCGAAUGGGUGAAGGACUCCAGUCCCACUCCCCUCCAGUCAGGCAGAGAUCGCUCUCGGGACAAUGGCAGACUAAUGAUCCCUGCUGUGAAGCAAUCCCAUUCAGGUGUCUACACCUGCCAACUCACAGUGCUCAUCAACAACCAGCAGUACAAAGUCAGCAGAGCCAUCCAGCUCCAUGUGCAAGGUCUCGACCCUGAAAUUACCACCACGCCUGCUGUACCUGACCUCUCCAUGACCUCCAGCCCAGGAUUAAUCAGCAGCAGCUACAGGACUGUUCACACUCCAGUAAUUCAACCACCUGUGAUCGUCUCACCACUGAAUGGAACUAUUUUUGAAAGUCUGCAUGGUUCAGGACUAGAGCUGUUUUGCAAGGUGCUCACUGACUGUCAAAUGGCAGACUCCACUGUGGUCACAUGGCUGGUCAAUGGCCAGUCAGUGGAGUCAUCAUACCUUGAUGGGCGGGCUCUACAGGGCGGGAGGAGGGCAACCAGGGUGUCCAGUGGAUGCCAGAUUGAGCUGAGACUAAUUUUUAUGGAGAUAUUUGAUGAAGAUACGCAGACAGAGUUGAAGUGUGUCACUCAAAACCAAGGUGGAAGACAGGAAGUUGUCGUACAGCUUCAGCUAGAGGACUCCACGUUUACCUGGCUGGUGGUAGCUGUGGUGGCCGUGUCUUGCUUCCUGGCUGUGGUUUCUGUCUUCCUAUAUGUCCUCUUCAAACCUAAAAGGAAACAGAAAAUGGAUUACUUUCUGGCUCGACAGAACAGCACUUUCUAACUCUGCUAGUGUGCACACCCCCUCCACAAAAGAAGGCCUUUUGCUUGCUGUUCAAAUCAAGAUUUCAUGCAAUGUGUGCAUGUGAUGUUGGGCUGUGACACCACCUAUGUCGUGUUUGGCAUUUAACACUCCGUUUACAGGGAUUCAAUGUUUUUAAAUCAGUAUUCAUUGACAAGUCGUUAUCCUCUUUUCUCCAUUUCUUCACUACUGACACUGAAAAUUACACAAAGAGUUUUUGUUACUUUUAUUAUUGUAUGCCAUGCAACAGAUAUAUCCCACUCUAAUGGAAUAUAAUAUGACCAAAGUGAUGCAUUUCAAAAGUACAGUAGAAAUUCUAAUAGAAGGUCAGAUUCAGCAUGAGCUUCUACAAUGACAACAUCUGCAUAUGCAUGUAUACUACAUGCAACUGUAUGUUAAGGCACUAUGUAAGUCUAUGAGGUGUUUUCUUUUUCAUAUUCAUACACUCCAUACGAGGUUCAAAAUCACACAAUAAAUAUUCUCAGGGAAGCAUUGUGUACAACAUAUUUUACGGUGUCUAACUGUUCUAGAAUCUAACAAUGCAUCAUUUCAUGUAGUUAUUGCAUAUAAAUAAUAAAUUAUGUGGUAAAAGU